AAAAUUUCUCAUUCACGGAACUGACCCCAAGAGUCUACUCAUCAAACAUAGUUGGCGUUGCAGGCUGCCUUGCUUCUCAGUUCGUUCUCUCAGCGAUCAGCCAUUCGAUUGCGCUGGGGAAGUGAUGUCUUCUUCCCAAACCGGAAAGUUGAUGCCGAAUCUGGACGAACGGAGCACCAAGAUGCUCAACCUCACCGUUCUCCAGAGAAUGGAUCCCUUUAUUGAGGAGAUCUUAAUCACCGCCGCUCACGUUACCUUCUACGAGUUCAAUGUCGACCUUAACCAGUGGAGCCGUAAGGAUGUUGAAGGUUCUCUCUUUGUAGUUAAAAGGAACGCUCAGCCAAGGUUCCAGUUUGUUGUUAUGAACCGCCGGAAUACAGAGAAUCUGGUGGAGGAUCUCUUGGGAGAUUUUGAGUUUGAAAUUCAGGUUCCAUAUCUGUUGUAUCGUAAUGCAGCACAAGAAGUCAAUGGCAUCUGGUUUUACAAUUCACGUGAAUGUGAGGAGGUUGGAAAUCUAUUUAGUAGAAUUCUUAGUGCAUAUUCCAAGGUUUCUCCAAAGCCAAAGCUAAGUUCAAACAAAAGUGAGUAUGAAGAACUUGAGGCAGUACCAACCUGUGCAGUGAUUGAGGGGCCGCUUGAGCCAUCAUUUACUGUGCCUGCUCAUACUGAUGUUGCUGAAGACUCCUCCUUUUUGAAUUUCUUUGAUGCGGUUACUAGUAUUGGAGCCAACCCUUCAAAGCCUCUGAAUACUGGGCAGCCAUACUAUGCUUCUGCUCCAAACAUAGCUCCAACCUCGCGUGUUCCUGGCCCCAUACCCUCUCCUACAUCCAAUCUGCAGGUCCCUACAUCACCUCAAUCGGCUCCUUCAAUUCCUUCUCUGUCUCUUCAUGAAGGUACUGACCCGACUACCAUUAAAACCAAUCAAGUUGUUAGUCUUGUUAAGCCCUCUACUUUCUUUACACCUCCUUUGUCACCCGUAUUGCCAAUCAACCCUGUCGCCUCUUCUAUCUCUACACCUGCUCUUCAUCCUCCUCUAAAUCUACAGCGCCCACAUGGUACACCAAUGCUUCAACCCUUCCCACCUCCGGCACCACCACCAUCUCUCACCUCUAACCCCAGUCCUAUUGAUGUGCCACUGAGCAGAGAAAAAGUUCGAGAUGCACUUGUAGUGCUUGUUCAGGACAAUCAGUUUAUCGACUUGGUCUACCAGGCAUUUUUGAAAGUACACCAGUCGUGAGCGCAUUAAAGAAUUUGGCAGCGUCACAGACUUGUAGAGCCUGUUGUGUAUGAUCAUUAUGCAUACACUCCACAUGCAUGCUGGAGAUUGGUGCAUUUCUUGUGUCAAAAUUUCAUUUCUCUAUUUUUUUUUUUUUCAGUCUGAUCGUAGUUUCAUGUGUAUUAAUCUUGAGACGAAAGUAGAGCUGUCGAUGCGGGCUGACGGGGUAGGCUAAGCCUGUUUUGACGGC